AUGGAUCUCUUCCCCCGUGGAAACGAUGCCCUGAAGGUCAACCCCGUCAUGGGGGUUGAUGAGGCUCUGGCAGUGCAUGGCUCCGACUGGCUCUGGGCAGUUACAGCUGUUUUCUGCUUGGCUCUCAUUGGCUGUCUUGUCAUGUCUUUCGCCGCGAAGGAAAGCGAGCGAGUCUUCCACUACCUGUUCACCUUCGUCCUUAUGGUCGGCGCAAUCACCUACUUUGCUCAAGCUUCAGAUCUGGGCUGGAGUGCGGUGCCACAAGUUGACAAUCUUGGGAAUGGAAUCAUCCGGCAAGUGUUUUGGGUCAAAUAUGUCCACUGGCUGGUUGCAUUCCCAUCACUCGCCCUUGGGUUAGGCCUCAUCUCGGGCGUCUCCUGGACCACCAUCAUUUGCAACAUCGCCCUCUCCCUGUACUGGGUUGUCAGUUACCUCGCCGGCGCAUAUGUGACCACUUCCUACAAAUGGGGAUUCUUUGCCUUUGGCACUUUCGCCUGGCUCAUUCUCGCCAUGAGCACUAUCAACGAGAGCCGCGAGGCUGCGCAGCUCCUUGGCGUGGACAAGGACUACAUCAUUCUGUCGGGCUGGACCAAUUUCCUGUGGAUCAUUUAUCCGAUUGCCUGGGGCUUGACUGAUGGUGGUAACAAGAUCGGUGUGACGGGGACUUCGAUCUUCUUCGGAGUGCUGGACGUCCUCAUGGUCCCGGUGCUCAGCUUCGCCGUCUUGAUCCUUGCUCGCCGGUGGGAUUACCGCAAGUUGAGUAUUGCGUUCAGUGACAGUCGUCCGAGCCGAGAGACUGAGGCUGCCUCCGCACUUAAGGGAGAUGCCUCUCGGCCAGCCGAAUAG